AUGUAUAAACGUCUUCGGUACGGCAACAUCAAACCAACCUUUCUGGCCCCUCAACGCGACUCGAGGACCUUGGGACCAGCGACCUCUAAAGCUAGUUGGUCGUUGCGCAACAUUGUUGGGAUUCAGAAGGUUGAUGAUGCCCGUUGCCCCGUGUCAGUUUAUCGGUGGAGUUGGUACUUGGGUAUCAUGCUGGAUAUUGGCAUGGUCAUUGGCCUGAAGUGGAGGGUAAUGAUCCAAUUUGAGGAAUACGGGAAGCAAAGCGAUGAGGGCGGAUCGGCUCUGAAGAAUGGUAACAUCACCUCGAUUAACGGCCUGGACUGUCAAGACACCAGUAGCGAACCCCAAGUUCAGAAUAUCGAACGUCCACGAAAAAAAAAACACCACGGUGGAGCUAGAGUGUAUAGUCGUUAUGCAGUCGCGGGAAGGAUUCCAACACUCAGCGAAACAAGGUAG